AUGCCCGCCGAUUUGCAACGAUCCUGUGAUCAUUGUGGCCGAUCCUUUCAUCGCCAAGGAUUCCAAACACACGAAAAGGCUUGCCAGAGGCGCUCUGAACAAAGAAGAGAGGAUUUGGAGCUUGCUAGGGUCAUUCGUCAAGGUGAUCCGCCACCAUCUGGAACAGCAUCGCCUGCACCCCAGCAUGAAAUUGACGAUAUCAAAGUGGAAUACCACCCCAGUAGUGGUAUCCCCACCAAAGUGUACCACUUCGAAGACUAUGGAAGUGGUCCCGGUGCCCCACCACCAGUUCCAGAAGCAGAUCCUACACCCUGGCAGCUGUUUCGCACACGUAUCGACUUCGAGGUUGCAGAACUCGCUCAUGACGCCGGACUCUCUCAUGAACAGCUGGACCGGCUCAUUCACCUCAUUCACCCCAGCAAGAUGGAGCUCUUUACCCUCAAGAAUCGCAAAGAUGUGAGAGACACGUGGGAUGCAGCGUCAUUCAAGAUGACACCUUUUACAAAGGUGGAGGUUACUGUGCCCUUCCGUGGUGUUAAUCAAACAUUCCCGCUAUUUCAUCGUUCACUGUGGGACUGGGUCACCGAUUUACUUCAAGAUCCACAAGUAGGCCCCAACUUCGUCUUCGAUGCGCAAAGACUGUCAAAGUUCAACGGCGAGAAGUUCAUUCGGUUCAUUCAUGAACCAUGGACCGCUAAUGUGUUCUGGGAGUAUCAGUCCAAAAUCCCACCAGACGCAAAACCUCUUGCAUUCAUUUUGUAUGCCGACAAAGCAAAAUUGUCGUCAUUCGGUCGCGCGAAAGGUUACCCUGUAGUCGCUCGCUGUGCUAAUCUUCCUAUUACGAUUCGCAAUGGAGAAGGCUUGGGUGGAGGGCGCGUUGUUGGUUGGCUGCCUAUCGUAAAGGAAGACAAGCAGCAUUCUGGCCAACCUGCUUUCGUCAACUUCAAGAACGCAGUGUGGCACGCCUCAUUUCUGAAGAUUCUCGAAUGUCUGGGACCGCUAUCGAGGUUUGGUUCCGCCAUCAAAUGCUGGGACGACGUUAUUCGCGCCUUCUAUUCAAUUGUACUAAUACUAUCUGCAGAUUAUGAAGAACAGGCUGUAAUGGCAUUGAUUCGUGGUUUAAUGAGCAAAUUUCCUUGUCCCGUCUGUCUAGUGCCUCACGACGAACUUUCAAACACUCUCAAGGUAUUUCCUCUCCGCACAUGCACAGGAACUAAGGCAUUGCUUGCUCGAGCGCGAGAAUCUUCUACAUUGGAGGCAAGAGAACAGAUCUUGAGUUCCCAGAGCCUCCGCGAUGUCGACAGUUCAUUCGGCAUUCUGGAGCACACCGACGUUCACAGGGCUCUAUCGCACGACAAGCUCCACUUCAACGACGAGGGAUUGUUCAGUGAUCACACGUGGCCUGAACUGCAGAAAUGGGUUGAACGUUUGGGUCGACAGGCCGCUGUCCAGAUUGACACCUUCUUUCAAUCAAUUCCGCGUUGGCGAAACCUGAAUCACUUCGAUCAGGUUGUUUCAGUAUCAUUUUCCGAUGGAACGAAAUACGAAGACAUCUCUAAGCUUAUUGUAUUUGCGGCACAUAAUGUAUUUGACCGCGAUACAGAUCCGGAGGCAUAUCUCAUGCUCCGCUGUAUCCGAAGCUACACGGAGUUCAAUAUGUAUGCUUCGUUAGAGGUUCAUACUGAAGAUACCAUCAAUAAUGGCCGGGAAGCGUUGUCAAAAUUCACUGGAUUGAUGGAUGUACAUAUUUUUAGUUCAAUUCUAAUUCAUUGCAUUGAAAUCAAUUGUUUGGUCAGAAAUACAUCGAAAUACAUCGAGGACACGGCAGAGAUGUCCGAGAAGUCCUGGAAUUUCCCUAAGAAACACCUUUCGGCCCAUCUCUUUGACGACAUCGAGGCGAAAGGUGUUUCUCGAAACUACAGCACCAAGCCGAACAAAAAAAUGCACGGCCCAUUGAAAGAUGCCUAUCAAGAUCGCACGAAUUUCAAGAACUUCGCUGAACAGAUCCUCCGAUACAACCAUGACAGCUUGAUUGCGGAAUACAUCCGCAACAAGUUGGAUCACCUCGACACUCAGAAUAUCAGCGUAGACCAACCCGAAUCACCCGAUACUACACUCCAGGAGACCGACAACUCGGAUGACAUUGAUGUUGACUCGACGGAACCUACUGAUGCCCAACAUUUCACUCUCGGUUCAAAGCAGGCGGCAAUGUCAUUCACACUCAUCGAGGCAGGUAGUCCGGGUAAUCCAGCGUUUGAUAGAUUUCGAAUCAAGCUAAACGACUUUCUGAACUGUGCGUUUGCUGCCAACGGCAUACCGUUUCCAGGUGGACGACGGAUUCAACUCAUUGCGAGCGACAUGAUCGUGGAACAUCGAUUCCUUAGAGUCAAUUUCGAGUCACUUGUCGACUGGCGAGUGUCCACGGACUACCUUCGAUGCACUCCGAUGUUCCAUGGCUCACCGCGAUACGAUUGCGUCAUCUUGCAGACCGACACUGGCAUCAUCUUUGGCAAACUAAUGUUGAUUUUCACAUGCACAGUAGGGGAUGUUCAAUAUCCUGUCACGCUUGUUCUCCCAUAUGAUCGACCGGUCGGCGUUCGUCCUCAAAAGGACAAAGACUUUCAGUUUUGGCGCGUUAAGACAAAGCCUAGGGCUUCUGCAGAGUUUUUUUCAGUUCACUCAAUUAUUCGGGGUUGUUUGAUAGUAGAGGAUGCCAGCAGACCUGGCGAGUUUCUGGUUGUUGACACUAUUGACACUGAUAUGUUCCUUCGAAUGCAGGACAUCUGCAGCCAGUGA